UUACAGACCACCAACCAACGGGUGGUGGCAGCGCUGAUUCUGUUCCUCCAAUAGGAAAGGGGCAGAGGGAGAGGCGUUACUUCCUGGAGACUUCAGGUGUGGUAGCCGGCGCCGCGCCCAUAGCCGGACGGGGAUCUGAGCUGGCAGGAUGAAUGUGGGGGUGGCACACAGCGAAGUAAACCCCAACACCCGAGUGAUGAAUAGCCGAGGCAUCUGGCUGGCCUACAUCAUCUUGGUAGGAUUGCUGCAUAUGGUUCUACUCAGCAUCCCCUUCUUCAGCAUUCCUGUUGUCUGGACCCUGACCAACGUCAUCCAUAACCUGGCUAUGUAUGUCUUCCUUCAUACGGUGAAAGGGACACCCUUUGAGACUCCUGACCAAGGAAAGGCUCGGCUACUGACACACUGGGAGCAAAUGGACUAUGGGCUCCAGUUUACCUCUUCCCGCAAGUUCCUCAGCAUCUCUCCUAUUGUGCUCUAUCUCCUGGCCAGCUUCUAUACCAAGUAUGAUGCUGCGCACUUCCUCAUCAACACAGCCUCAUUGCUAAGUGUACUGCUGCCAAAGUUGCCCCAGUUACAUGGGGUUCGUGUCUUUGGCAUCAACAAAUACUGAGGGAUGGAUUUUGGGACAGCUCCAUGGGCAUGGGGAAGGCACUGAAACAGAGGACUAUAAAACAUCCUUCUCUUAUUCUCCAUACUGUCUUCUACACCUUUAAAGCCUGAGAACUAUACAACCUUUCCCAGACUCCCAAGAAGAGAAGAGAUUGGCAAAUGGGGCUCCUGGGCCCAGUCCUGCUAGUGGCAAGUUUCUUUGAAUCAGGAAGGCAGGUGAGGUAAGGGCCAAAUCACUCUCCUCUGUAGCAGGAAGCCAUUUGGGCAGCUUCUUUGGUGAUUACAUCUUUCCAUAUCUUUUACACCUA